AUGGCGUUCACUUCGUCCUCGGACGCAGUCGUUCUUGCGAUCGGUCUUGUCCUUGCUGCGGUGUAUCUUUUCCGAGACCAGCUUUUUGCUGUGUCGAAGCCAAAGGCAGUUCCUAUUACCUCUAAAGCUACUUCCAAUGGCUCAGGUAACCCUCGGGAUUUUGUGGAGAAGAUGAAGCAAGGGAAAAAGCGCAUAGUCAUUUUCUACGGUUCACAGACAGGUACGGCUGAGGAAUACGCUAUCCGUCUCGCUAAGGAAGCGAAGACGAAGUUCGGUCUUGCCUCGCUCGUCUGUGACCCAGAGGAGUAUGACUUCGAGAAACUCGACCAGAUCCCCGAGGAUUGUUGCGCCUUCUUUGUUAUGGCUACGUAUGGUGAAGGAGAGCCGACCGAUAACGCCGUCCAGCUUUGCGAAAACCUGUCGGACGAAUCCUUUGAGUUCAGCAACGGCGAACGUAAAUUACCCGGACUUAAAUAUGUCGUGUUUGGUCUCGGUAACAGGACUUACGAGCACUAUAACCUUAUUGCUAGGAACGUCGACAGGGAUUUGCAGAAGUUGGGGGCAACGCGGAUUGGCGAACGAGGUGAGGGUGACGAUGACAAGAGCAUGGAAGAGGACUACCUUGAGUGGAAGGACGGCAUGUGGGAGGCUUUUGCCAAGGAGAUGAACGUCGAGGAGGGACAGGGUGGUGACACCCCAGAUUUCGCCGUCACUGAAGUUGAGGAUCACCCGCCAGAGAAGGUCUACCUCGGUGAAUUGUCCGCACGUGCUCUCACCAGGUCGAAGGGUAUCCAUGAUGCGAAGAACCCGUACCCUGCCCCUAUCAUCAUUGCGCGCGAACUCUUCGAAAACCAGGCCGACCGUAACUGCAUUCAUGUGGAGUUCAACACAGAGGGUUCUGGUAUCACCUACCAGCACGGUGACCAUGUAGGGAUCUGGCCAUCCAACUCUGAAAGCGAAGUUCAGCGGUUGCUUUGCGCUCUCGGCCUCUACGAGAAAAAGGACAAGGUCAUCAACAUAGACUCACUCGAUCCUGCCCUUGCGAAGGUGCCAUUCCCUGUCCCUACCACAUAUAUCACGGUUCUUCGUCACUACAUCGAUAUCAGUGCAGUUGCCGGUCGUCAGAUUCUUGGUGUCUUGUCCAAGUUCGCACCUACUCCCGAGGCUGAGUCUUUCUUGAAGACUCUCAACACAAACAAGGAGGCGUACUCGAAGAUUGUCGGCGACGGCUGCCUUAAACUUGGUGAAGUCCUGCAGCUCGCAGCAGAUAACGAUCUCGGUGCCGUCCCUACACCCGAGAACACCACAGCAUGGAAAAUCCCCUUCGACAUCAUCGUUUCCUCCAUCCCCCGCUUGCAACCUCGGUACUACUCCAUCUCUUCGAGCCCGAAGCUACACUCCAACUCUAUCCACGUCACUGUCGUUGUCCUCACUUACGAAUCAGUUGCUAGCGAGAAGGUGAAAAGCAAGUGGGUAUAUGGCGUCGGUUCCAACUUCCUGCUGAACCUCAAGUUCGCUGCGACCGGUGAGGAAUUCCUCGCGAUCACUGAUCCCGAUGGCCCCAAGCCAGCAGUUGUCACAACCCCCCAAUAUGCGGUUGAGGGACCUCGUGGUGCUUACAAGCUGGAGACUUUGUACAAGGCACCUAUCCAUGUUAGACGGUCCACGUUUAGACUGCCCACAAACCCCAAGAGCCCGGUGAUUAUGAUUGGGCCUGGUACUGGUGUCGCGCCUUUCCGCGGUUUCGUGCAGGAGCGUGUCGCCAUGGCUCGUCGUACCAUCGAGAAGAACGGUGUCGAGGGACUGGCAGACUGGGGCAGCAUCCGUCUGUACUUCGGCUGCCGCCGCUCGGACCAGGAUUUCUUGUACAAGGACGAAUGGUCCGAUUACAGCAAGGAGCUGCACGGCAAGUUCACGAUGCGCUGCGCCUUCUCGCGGGAGGUCUACAAGCCCGACGGCAGCAAGAUCUACGUGCAGGACCUGCUAUGGGAGGAUCACGAGCAGAUCGCCGAUGCGAUCCUGAAUGGCAAGGGCUACAUUUACGUCUGCGGCGAUGCGAAGAGCAUGAGCAAGGCUGUCGAGGAGACGCUCUGCAAGAUCUUGGGUGAGGCGAAGGGUGGACGCGCGGAGGUUGAGGGCGCUGCCGAAGUCAAGCUUCUGAAGGAGAGGAGCCGCAUGCUAUCUGACGUGUGGAGUUAG